AGAAAUUAAAGGUAGUGAUGGUUGAACGCGAAAUGGAAAAGUAUACGCAUUAUACUCGAUUUAAAAAUUGACUCAAUCAAAAACAUUAAUUGUUUUUGAAGAAAAAACAUUUAAUUACCGGCGUACUCUCAAUCUAAUUUUUAAACACUUACCGCACUCUCAUUUUUUUCUCAAACGAAUCUUCUAAAAUUUUCAACUCUCACACAGGGUUCAGUUGAACUUGGAAGGGUGUUUUGAGAGUACUUUGAAAUUUAUAUAAAUUUUACUAUAAAAUCGACUCUCCUUUAACUUUUCCGAGAACAAUUAGGCUACGAUUAUGCCAUCCAAUUAGACUUUGAUUAUUUCAAAUAUACCUUCGUUCAAGCUGAGAGAUUUAACUAAGCCGCAUGUGCAAUGUUUACGAGGAUAAUCUAAAUAGUUAUCAAUUUUUUACGAGUUCAUCUAUAUUUUGUGAAGAGAAUUAGCAGGAUCUUCGUUCUGAAAAUUGAUAAAUUCAGCUUUGAAUAAAUUCAAAUUUUAUAAAAAAUAAAAUGAAUUGAAAAUACCAUAUUGGUUGUUAAUCAAUAAACAUGCAUUCUAUAAAUGUUUUUAGUAAUGUACGGUAGCCUAAAUGAUGAAGAUGAGGUAAUGAUUAACUACUGAUUAUGCUGGAUGCUGGGAGCCACUUGUUGAAUUCGCGGAAAGGAACCGAAGGAAGUCGGCUAUCACCGGCACAAGACUUCUAGAUGAGUCAUAGUGUAGCUGGAUUUAAAAAAUAAAAAAGCCGUCUCCAAUAAGCUCUAUGAAUAAAUUGCAUUGCUAGGAAGAGUCUAGAAUGUGCUGGACGGAACCACGGGGUACGUGACUGGAAGGCCUAGACGGCUGAUUGAUGAGACAGCUUUUAAAAGGCCGAAUGUUCUGGUACAUUAUCGCGGCCGGGUGUCAAGUGGGAUUGGCUGAGUUGCGUGUUUGAAGAGAGAGGACAAUACUAUUCCUUCUCAAGAUAGGCCCGCUGUAAAUAGUUUGUGUUUCUAUUUUAGGUCUUCAUUCGGCAGCAACAGAAGUUGGUCGUUUAGUCUUCCUUAAGCGUUGAACGAAUCAAGUGCUAUUUCUCGUACAUAGUGUGACAGAAGAAAGUGAUCAGUUACGAGUUAAUAUUCAUUUAUAGUAGGUUGUAUCUUGAGUUCUUGGUCAGUUUUUCGUGUUUGAAAUAAAAUUAUUGAUAUUAUGUGUGCACGGACAGACGGCUCCAACAAGAAGAGUGAAAGCAGUGAUGGUGAUGAGACUGUUUAUUACUACGACACUCAGCUUCCUCCCAAGCAGCCUCCUGAGGACGUUUCUGAACAGGAGGAUCCUGAAGUGGUGUACUCGUACUCCGGCCCCGACACUCUGGCUAUUCUCACCUCACACCAGAGAAACGCUCUACAGUUGAUACACGAUGCUAUCGAUCGAUUCCAAACAUCUAAUUGCUACAAAAUUCUAUUCAGAACCACUCAGCCAGCCCAUGUGAUCAGUGUGAUAUCUGUAGCAACUGUGGCAUCCUUGCUGUAUUCAUCUGAGAAAACUCAAUGGAGCUCAUCACCUUUCACAAUACUCCUCUACUUGGCUGCAUUUAGUGUACAUUGUGGCUCUCAAUUUUGGAUGACAUUCAUAUCAGGUUUAUCAUUGUACUUCAAUCUUCCUCGUCACGUGUUUGGCAGGGUGCAAAAAGUAUUAUUUCCCAAAUACUUUGGACUGAAUAGUUUCUUGAGUGCUCUGAUCCUCAUCUCAUUCAAUCGAUUCAGUCACCAAUGGGACACAGCUACUAUUAUUCAGGAGGUAUUGCUGAUCUCUUGCUUCGUAAUUGAACUGGCAAUUCGGCUGUACGCGGUUCCGCCUCUACUGGAGCUGAUCACGGCCAAAACAGAGAUAGAGCUGACAGCCGGAGUAGGGCAGGAGGUAGGCUACCAUGACCUGGGACCCCUCAAGCACUGUCCGCACUACUUGGCAGUGCACUCCUCCUUCCGUCGCGUCCACCUCUAUGUUGCCAUUGGCAAUAUCUUAUCUCUCGUCUGCACCGCUCUGCACCUUCAGUACAUCGCUCAGUACUGGGUAGCCAGGACCGCUUGUCCCUGAUUCACUGCUUGCUUUUUUAUGAAGCAACAUAUAUUAUAGAUAUAUCUAUAUUAUAUCUAGUUAUAUAUAUUCCAUAUAAUGUCCUAUUUAUUUCAUUUUUAAAUUAGUUUAGGACAACUUAGGAACAAAUAUUUAACUUUCAAGUUAGUUUUAUUGCUACUGUAAUUUGAAUACAUUAUGUUUUCAAUCAAUCGUUUGUGACAAUGUAGGAAAUAAUAUUCUAUUUUAAAAUCGUGGUAUGUAAAAUAAUGUUGAAAAUUAGUCUUAAUACUAAAGACUUGUAUAGCGGUAAAAUAUAUUAUAACACGCCAAAGACAUUUAUGAUUACUGCAAACCUUUAAAAACUUGCUAGUUACAAAAACUGUCAUCUAAUAACUCUUAUUUAGACUAUAAUUUUUCUAUAGAAUAUAGAUGUGUAUAAGUUAUAAAAUAGCUAUAUUACAAAUUCAUUUUAUACGAAACUGUAUGAUAUUAUAGUUUGUUUGAAUGUAUUACAAUGGUAACUGUAUGUCAAUAUUUAUUUAUAAUAUAUUUUUAGCAAAAUAAUUCAAGAAUUUGAAGCAAGAUGAUUCGCACUUAUUUAAUAAAGACAAAUAAUUAUCAGA